AUGGCCACGGCAGAGUUGGAUCGAGUGCUGGAGCAAGCAAGGACCAUCGCUAUUGCACAAGCGUCACUCAUGAGUGAUGUUCUGUUUGAUAAUGUAUUGCAUAUUAUGCGUUCCAUCACAACGUCCAAGAAAGCGCCCCUUUGGGUUCAGCAUGCCGAAGCAGGCCUUCGACAGAACCAGUUGGCAGCGCAGCAGGGUCGCAGUGAUCUCACUCAACAGAUGUCACGGGAGGAAGAGACUUCAGAAGGUCCGGGAGCAGAUAUUCGAGACGAUGGCAUAUGCGACAGGUAG